CCGGUGCAGCACACACGGACACUCCGAGGACGGGAAUGUGACCGUACAUCGAGGUUCUGGUGGGAUUUUGUUUUGUCUUGUCAGCGGGAUCAUGGGAGAGGAUAAGCGGAGAGUCGCUUCUGCCAUGCCGACCACUUGUGCUGCCGUGCUCCUCUUGGUGAUUACUUCAGUGUUUGCAGUGGAAGAGACAGUGAUGGAUACGAGGACGGCGACAGCCGAGCUGGGCUGGAUAUCGUUCCCUGCCAAUGGAUGGGAGGAGGUGAGUGGCUAUGAUGAGAACCUCAACACCAUCAGGACGUACCAGGUGUGCAAUGUGUUUGAGCCUAGCCAGAACAACUGGCUCCUCACGACGUAUAUCGACCGGCGGGCGGCGCAGCGCAUCUACGUGGAAAUCCGCUUCACUGUGCGUGACUGUGCCUCCAUCCCCAGUGUCCUGGGCUCCUGCAAGGAGACUUUCAACCUCUACUACCUUGAGACCGACAGGACUGUGUCAGAGGGCAUCAAAGGGGUGGAGUACUGGGCCAAUGCACCUUUUCUUAAGGUGGACACCAUUGCAGCAGAUGAGAGUUUCUCCCAGGUUGAUUUUGGGGGGAGACUAAUGAAGGUGAACACAGAAGUGCGGAGUUUUGGGCCACUGUCCAAAGGCAGAGGCUUUCACUUGGCCUUCCAGGAUCUGGGUGCUUGCAUGUCCCUUCUGGCUGUCAGAGUUUUCUACAAGAAAUGCCCCAGCAUCGUGCAGAACUUUGCGUUCUUCCCAGAGACACUGACUGGAGCAGAAUCCACCUCAUUAGUCAUCGCCAGAGGAAGCUGCAUUCCCAACGCUGAGGAGGUGGACGUGCCCAUAAAGCUUUACUGCAACGGAGAUGGAGAGUGGAUGGUUCCCAUCGGCAGCUGCAGCUGCCGAGCAGGUUAUGAACCAGACAAUGGCAACGUGUGUCGAGCCUGUCCUCAGGGAACCUUUAAGUCGUUCCAGGGGGGAGGCUUAUGUCAGCAAUGUCCGCUCAACAGUCGCUCCACCAUCGAGGCCGCCACCCUCUGUGGCUGUCGGAACGGCUAUUACCGCGGAGACAUGGACAAACCUGAGGACAUGUGCACCAGUGUCCCCUCAGCUCCCCGCAACGUGGUGUCACUCGUCAACCAGACGUCGCUGCUGCUGGAGUGGCACACGCCACGUGACACGGGACACCGCUUUGACCUGUCCUACAACGUCCUGUGCCGCCGCUGCCACAGCAAUGAGCGGCGGGCGUGUCAGCCGUGCGAGGACAGCGUGGUGUUCGCUCCGGGGAAGCGGAUGUUAAAGGAAACGAGGGUUGAGAUCAGUAAGCUGAGGGCUCACACGUCGUAUACCUUCGACAUACAGGCAAUCAACGGCGUCUCCAACAAGAGCCCUUACCCCGCCCAGCAGUUGUCAAUCAACAUUACAACCAAUCAGGCUGCUCCCUCAGUCGUUCCCAUAAUGCACCAGGUGAGCUCAACGAGCCGCAGUUUCUCGUUGUCAUGGCCACCUCCUGAACAGCCCAAUGGAAUUAUCCUUGACUAUGAGAUACGCUACUAUGACAAGUCCCAGUCAUCAGACCUGAACAGUUCUGUGGUUCAAAUAGAGACGCCCAACGUGGUUCUCGAAGGACUAAGGCCCGGCACGGGUUAUGUGGUUCAAGUGAGAGCCCGCACUGUGGCGGGCUACGGAGUCUACAGUCGGGAGAUGCUCUUCCAAACACUCACCGACGAUGAGUAUAAGUCAGAGCUGGGACAACAGCUCUCGCUGAUCGCAGGCUCUUUAGUUGGUGGGGUCUGUAUCGUCUCAUUGGUGGCUAUCGCCAUUAUCUGCUCCAGGAGAGGGCAGGUGAAGGAGAGUGUGUACGGUGACAAGCUGCCACAGUACAACACUGGAGGAGAGGGCACUCUGAGGCCCGACAUGUUCAGUGGUCCAGCUCCGACUGUGACCUUUCCCUCCCUGUCUGAGGGCCACAACUCACCGGGGGUCAAGAUCUACAUUGACCCCUUCACCUACGAGGACCCCAACGAGGCCGUGCGAGAGUUCGCCAAGGAAAUUGAUCCUUCCUGUGUCAAAAUCGAGGAAGUCAUCGGCUCAGGUGAGUUUGGGGAGGUAUACAAAGGCCGCCUGAAGCCUAUUGGGAAAAAAGAAAUUCCCGUGGCUAUCAAGACCCUGAAGGUGGGCUACUCGGAGAGACAGAGGAGGGACUUCCUGUCCGAGGCGUCAAUCAUGGGCCAGUUCGACCAACCGAACAUCAUCAGGCUGGAGGGCGUGGUCACCAAGAGCAGGCCCACAAUGAUCAUCACGGAGUUCAUGGAGAAUGGGGCUCUCGACUCGUUCCUCAGGCAGAACGAUGGUCAGUUCCCAGUGAUCCAGCUGGUCGGUAUGCUGAGGGGCAUUGCGUCUGGAAUGAGGUACCUGGCGGAGAUGAGUUAUGUUCACCGGGACCUGGCGGCGCGCAACAUCCUGGUCAACAGCAACCUGGUGUGCAAAGUGUCCGACUUUGGCUUGUCUCGCUAUCUGGAGGAAGACGCUUCUGACCCCACGUACACCAGCUCGCUGGGGGGGAAAAUCCCAGUGCGGUGGACGGCUCCAGAGGCCAUCGCCUACAGGAAGUUCACCUCAGCCUCAGAUGUCUGGAGUUAUGGCAUCGUCACCUGGGAGGUGAUGUCAUAUGGAGAAAGGCCUUACUGGGACAUGAGCAACCAAGAUGUGAUAAACGCCAUAGAGCAGGAUUUCAGGCUGCCGGCUCCCAUGGACUGCCCUGUCGUUCUGCACCAGCUGAUGCUGGACUGCUGGCAGAAAGACAGGAAUUCCCGGCCAAAGUUCCCUGAAAUUGUCAGCAUGUUGGACAAAAUGAUACGCAACCCUGUGUCUCUGAAAACUGGCACCAACAACGUGGCUCCCGGUCCUUCUCAUCAUCCCUUGUUAGACCGCGGCGGUCCAGAUUUGAGCCGGGUGAGCUCAGUGGAAGACUGGCUGGCUGCUCUGAAGAUGACCCAGUACCGAGACUCCUUCCUCGGCUCCGGUUUCACAUCCUUGCCGCUUGUCACACAAAUCACUGCAGAAGAUCUUCAGAGGAUCGGCGUGUCUCUCGCCGGACACCAGAAGAAAAUUCUGACCAGCGUUCAGUCGAUGAGGCCCCACUCUGGUGACCAGUCUCCCACUGAAUCCGUGUAACCUCGCACGGCAGCAGUCACACCGUAUGAAAUAGUUUGACCAGUGUACAGUCUUUGAAUUUCUACUUUUUUCUUGACAUACUUUUGUCCGCCGCUCAUGGAGAUCUCCGUUUAUUGUCCUAUGGUUCUCUCAGUCUUUGAACAGAGCUCUCUCUCAGGCCAGCGGCCACUGAAAACAAAACAAAAAAGAAGAAUCCGGAUCUCUCUGCUCUCACACGUCCCCAAGUCCUUCUCAUGAAAGAUAACACAUUUCAACAACUUUCAACAACAUCAUUGCUGACGUGGCCUGGUUUUCAUUGAAGGAAAACUCAGAGAUGCUACUGUGAUGUUUUACAUGACGGCACACAAACCCUGGACCCAAAGCCUGACAAACAAAUCCAUGAAGCAACGUUGGAUGACGGAGGAUCCACAGCUACGACUUUUUAAACUCCAUAAUGUUUCGCUCAAUGUGUUGAUGAAAAAUUGCUUGUAUCUUUGGAAUCCGGACCUGAGCCAAAAAAAAAAGGAAAAUGGCACAUUUUUUAAAAUCCAUCUUCAUAUUGAAGAGCCUGUACAUAUUAUAAUAUGGGAUGUUUGUUUCCUAUAAAACACCACUUCACCUUUCCCCCUCUGCCAACAGCGCUGGACAACUAAUUGUCACUGGAGUGAUUCUCUGUGAUUAUCUUCCUCUGUCUGACUCUUGACAGGCACAAACCUUGAAGUGAUGUGGGCUGUGGACACACAAAAAGGAAGGAAUGGAAAAAAAGGAAAAAUCAUUUUGAUAGUGCUAUCUUUUAAAAUGUGUAACUCUGUCCUACGUAAACAGGAAACUCAUUAUAAUAUAAUGCCAAAUCAGUCAGAAAAGUUAUAAGUCGGGACAUAAAUUUUGUGUCAUCGAGGCGAAGCAACUUAGCGACAAAUGAAGAAAGAGCAGAGGAGGAGGCGCAGGAGGAAGAGACUGGUGGUAUUGAGUCAUUACCAGCUGCUGAGACGCACCUGUUGUGAAUGCACUUAAGUGGCCAGAAAAUCUCAAAAGACAGGGAUGGGGUGAGAAAAAAAGGCAUCGUCAGCCAACGUUCUUGUGAUUUGGCUGAAAAAGCCUCCAGCUGACUGCCAAUUUAAUACCCACAGAAGAACAAACCAGAGAGCCGGUGCUCACGUGCUGUCCACGCAUGAAAUAAAUCUCAUGUCUGUUCGGAACUGUACGGGUGCCGUCCAGAUGGUAAUCAUCACUGCAGCAGGCGGCGUUGGGAGUCAUUUGUUUUUUUUUUUGUGUGUGUUUUAAUAAUUAUCGGCUCAUGCAUUUCACGGUCACAUUUCCCAACUGACAUCGCUGAUUAAUACUGAUGUGUCACUGCACGAAACAGGAUGACGACGCGCAACCUUUUCAUGUCUUUAUCUGUGGCGGGUAACCUUUACAGUGUGUCAGAAAGGAAAAAGCAGUGAAAAUCAGCAUUAUAUUCAGUUAUUCAUUACUCAUGAAUGCUUACAUGUGACAUUUUUAUUAGAAUGUGGUAAAAUAAAGGCUCGAUCUCGCGAUGGAGCGCAUGUUGUGGCGACGCACUGGGAGAUCUCUCUUUUAUCUCGUGGCUUGAGCAGAUUACCAGCUGUGAAACAACCGCGGCCUCAAUCUGUCUCCAGCCCCCAAAACCUCUGGUCAUGCGUGUGCACUGGCGUCCUAAGGAUUACCACUCUGUAGCACCAAUUGGAUGUCAUGAUUUUUCAUCUGCUGCGAGCUGCACUCACAAAUGACAAAACACACAACACUGUGUUUGUGCUCGUCUCGCACCACUGGUCUGUGCUGCUGGGAUGCCCCAAAGUCUUAUAUUUAUCCAAGUUUUGACUUUGAGAGCUCCGUACGGAUCUUGUUUCCACAUUUUCCGACAAGACUCCGCUCCAUCUGUUGCCUGGCAAUGAAAGCUUAUUGGACAUUUUUAUCAAAAAGUAUAUAAAGCUCAAUUGAAACGCCACCUUAAAACAUUUCAUGCAAAGGAAAUGAACGCUAUCAACACGGGCAGGUGUCUAUCCUUUGCGUCACACUGUGUGUUGUUGUCGUCUUCUGUUUAUUAAGGUGAGAUGCCACUUUCAUGUCACCGUGUCAGUGUUUGUGAAACGACAAAUGAAGACAGAUGAUGUACAGCACAUGUUUUGUAUUUACACGGCGACCGACGGCCCAAAUAUUUACAGAGAGAAUAUCUCAGGAACACAAUUGUUGCAUCGGUGUAUCCUGCAAUGCGGAACAGGAUUAAUCAAAGGUGAAGUGCUUUAAGAGUAAAGGGAGAAAACUUUGAUAAGUUAGUGUUUCAAGUACUGAUUAAAAGAUAAAUCCAGCCCCCUUUUAAAGAAAGUUCCCUAUUACUAUUGCAAGUGGCAUUACUCUUCAAUGUGGAAACAGAGAGGUGUGCGUGCAGGUUGAUGAACAGUAGCCAGAGUUAAUGCACUGUCUGAUUAUAUUGAUUACAAUGCUGCUGAAAAUCUAGGCACAUCUUUUUCUUCAAGGAUAAAUUGAGUUUUAAAUCCUCUCAUUGGAAGGAGAAAGAUCCUCCUCCUUUCUGUUGGGUAAUGACUUCCUGUUAUUUGUCUUGUUUUACUGUACAUACAGUUGCGAGCACUAUAUGAAAAAUAUUAUUUCAGUGAAUGUGUGUGACUUUAGAUCAAAUGUUGCUGUAAUCAUUCAUUCAUUUGUAAUAUAAAAACUGGCUCCCAGGCGCUGUGGAGAGUUUUGAGCACGUUGCAUUGAUUGAGGGGAGUAGUUAUAUUCACAAAAGUAUCAGCGCUGCUGCGACUGGAGUUGUUUUUGUUUUUUAAAGAAUGCUAUCACAUUCAAAAUGGCUAUGAAUGACCGUGUGUGGCCUUCAUACUGAUGACCACACCCCCUGCGGUGCUUCCUCAUCCCUCCUCCUUUACCCCUCUCAUUUACAGCUUCCCUGCCCACUUCUUGGCAUUUGCCAUAGAGUUGGCCUCAGAUGGUGGGGUCCGUUAUGCUUUGUUUACAUUCAGUGUUUCUCACCAAAACAACAAAGAUGUAUCCUUUGAGGAUUUGAGUCUGUACUUCCUUCCUCGUGUAUUCAGCUUUACAUUGUUUACAUUGCUGUUGACUUAAAAGCAGUUACUACUUCUUCUUCCUCCUCUUCUAAUAAUAAUAAUAAUAAUAAUAAUAAUGAUAACAAUAAUGAUAUGAGUUAAAAUAAUACUUUCCAGCAGCACUGCACAUAGAAGUUUGAAGUUCUGAAUAUCAUACUCUGUCUACACUGGUAUUUAGUUUGAGUCACAAUGUAGGUUCAACGCUGACAAAGGCUUUAUAUAUGUUAUAUAAAUGAUAGCCAUGCAACCUUUAAGGUCCAGUGUGUGAGAAUUUGUGACAUCUAAAGCCGUGUUUCCAUCAUGGCACAGUUCGGUUUGGAACGUUUGGCUUUUGUUUCGGCUGAGAACAGUACCUUUACUGGGUAGGCAGGACGUGCACUAGAGAUGCGUGGUUGGCGGUUAUACCCGUGGAUAAUCCGUGGGGCAGGUGGAUUGCGUGAAAAAAAAAUUGUGGGCGCGUGUCACUGUUUAGAUAAAUAAAUAAAUUAAUUAAUAUGUUGGUUAACAUAUUGACUAGAUCUGAAAUGUGAAUUCUCAAAACAUUAUUUAGAGGAUUUGCGCAGCUACUGUGUUCCUUGUUUAGCAGAUUUGGUGGAUUAUUGAUGUUAGCAGCGGGUGCAGAUGACAUUACAGCACCAUCUGUAGUGUGCGCUGCGUUCGAUGCGUCAUCGUGACAUUGUACCGGUGCGUUGACGACAAACGACGACACCCAACGCGACACAACAGACCACACCACAAUGGAGGAUAUCCAGCAGCUUGUGGGUUUUUUUCCUGCUCGGUUUGUGGCUGUUCACAAGAUCUCAAGCUUUGUAUGAAAAUAGACCGCAGCCGUUAAAAUAGAAACACCAGUCUUUUCUGUCACCUGUCGGUCUAGCUCCACCCGUACCUUACUCUGGUACCCCAAGGGAAGGGUACUGAAAAAUGUAAUAUUUGGGGAGGUUAAUUUGGUACUAUUCAUAAUGGAAUACUGUACCGAACCGUUAAACUCCUCUGCUCUCCUCUCCCCAAUGUCUUUUUUGUCAGUUCAGUCUGCUGUAGAAACAAGGCCUUUACCUAAAGUCCACAUAAAAAGAGGUUAUUUUUUUACUCCAUAAACCUUACACACUGGACCUUUAAAUUGUGUUACAAUCUCUACAUUUUUUGUUCAACAGUAAAGGUGGUGACAUUUGAUUUUGAAUUCCUUUAGUGGCUGAUCAUAGCUGUGCGCGCUCCCCGCUGCUCACACCGCUCACCUGUAUACUUGUCUCGACUCCGCCGACACCAGCGCUCAAACGCGUACUCGCCGUUUCUCGACCUUUGCUGCUUGAUUCAGACUGCGCUAGUAGUCGAUCGUCACGCUACCUUCAGUGCCUGUUAGCGUUGAUAAUGGUCUAAGUGCAUAUUGACAGACUGACUCUGGCAGGUUGCAGUUGAACUUACUUGAAGGUUAACUGCUGAGCUUCCUUAUGUGUAACCGCACUAGAAGCAGGAACUUCACCCAUGAGUGAAGUGUAGCCUCUCUCUUAAAAACAAUCAUCACUAUCAGUGAUAGUGUCAAAGAAAAUUCAAAACUCCACAGGGUACCGUACAUGGAUCUCACUCAGAUUCCACCAUCAUGCUGUUGUUGAAAUUUGUGGAAUCAUUUUUGAUAUGUGACGUGUGUUAAAAUGUACAGUGUUUGACCACAGUCGUCGUCCUCCAUUAAAACUCCCCCCUUUUUUUUUCUUGAGCAGCUAUUAUGUAUUAUGGUCUGUUCAGGGUCUGUCAUUGAUGGUGAUAAAAAUGGUGGUAAAAAUGGCAGCUCAGUCUUUGAUUGUUAGGCAGGGAGGAUGUUUACGAUGGACUCCACUCUAACCUGUGCUGGAGACACAGAAUAUCAACACAAUGUUUGGACAAUUAAGCACAGAAGAGACCCAGAAAUGCUAGGAAGCUCAUCCGAGUGCUUUUGGGUGGAUUUAUGUUUUAAUUGAAGCUAUUUUCUGCACGCCGGACCAACUCGGCUGCUUUUUCCUUCCCUCCUGUUGCUCUGGUGUAAUAGAUACCGUAGGGGAGGCUGGAGAUGAGAGGAGAUGAGUUAUGAAGCGAGGGGAAAAAAGUGAAAGGGAAUAGGUAAUGGAGGGGGCAAGAAGAGAUGGGGAAUGGAAACAGAACAGAGAAAAGGCAGAUGGGGGUGGGGACAUGAGAGGCAGAGCUUGACUCUUGUGUUUGAAUAAAAAUGAGGCUGGGUGUGGAGAGAUUACUCUUUCUCUUUUUG